AGGGCGCAACAACAUGGACUUCCGGCCAGCUCACACAUCGAGCUCCCCUCCAGCGCGUCAGAAUUGACAGCAGAAGCUACGUAGCCAAGUUUAUAGGAAGUUUUGGCACAGAGAGUAAACACCUACAACUCAAUCUGUAGUGUGAAUUUGAGAGAUUUCGGUCAAUAUGGUUUUGCUGACAAUGAUCGCUCGGGUAGCAGAUGGACUGCCGCUUGCUGCAUCGAUGCAAGAAGACGAGCAGUCAGGAAGAGACUUGCAACACUACCAGAGCCAGGCUAAGCAGCUCUGCCGCAAACUCAAUGCCCAGAGCCCCAACAGAUGUACCCUGGAGGCUGGGGUCAUGUCUUUCCACUAUGUAUUAGAACAUGGUGUGUGCUACUUGGCCUUGUGCGAAGCCGUGUUUCCCAAGAGGCUGGUCUUUGGGUACCUGGAAGACCUCCAGACAGAAUUCCAUGAGCAGCAUGGAAAGAAAGUCCCCACAGUCUCCAGGCCGUACUCUUUCAUUGAGUUUGACACGUACAUCCAGAAAACCAAAAAAACCUACAUUGACAGCAGGGCACGGAGGAACCUGGGCAGCAUCAACACAGAGCUGCAGGAUGUCCAGCGGAUCAUGGUGGCAAACAUUGAAGAGGUCCUGCAACGAGGAGAGGCCCUAUCAGCUCUCGACACCAAAGCCAGCAAUCUGUCCAGCCUUUCAAAGAAGUACCGCAGCGAUGCCAAGUACCUCAACACCCGAUCCACCUAUGCUAAGAUAGCAGCCGGGGCAGUCUUCUUCAUUACACUUAUCGUCUAUGUGCGUUUCUGGUGGAUCUGAUGCGUAAGGACUGUGAAAGAGGAGAUAGUCUGGGUUCCCUUUGUAACCAAAUAUUAAAACUGUCAAUUGUAAUAUAUUAAUGGUUUCUGUUAACAGCAAAGCUUAAGUUCCUACAUGGGUGCCUUGGGGGGAGGGUGGGACAUUGUACACGGGUGCCUUGGGGG